CGCCUGGUUUGAGGGGACUGGAGGUGACGCUCUCAGUGUAUUUUUUUGACGUGGCGGCUACGUAUCAGCAGAGCCAUCCACUCCUGGCGCACCGUAAUCAGUGACGAGUAAAACUACGUAAGGGGAAGCAGCUGAAUGAACUUGAAACUUUAAGAUGGCAGAAUGUCACUGAUGUCUCCGUAAUUGAUACAAAAAUAUUUCUGAAGCAAGUCAAAAGUGAAAUCCUAUUUCCUAAGUAGCUAGUGACCGCAUACAAACACAACAAUCUUGGAAACACAGGACAAAUGACCAUGGAAUCAGUUGUUGAAUCUCAUCAAGAUGGCAGUGUAACAGAUUCUGCGACAGAUAGCGAAUCUAUCCAAUUACAAGCUCAGAAUUCUCAGACUCAAAUUCCCACCAUUGCGCAGGUAUCUGUAGCUGGUACUCAAGUUGCUUCAGGGUCUCCAGCUGUAACUGUUGUACAGUUGCCUUCAGGCCAGACUGUGCAGGUCCAGGGAGUAAUCCAAACCGCACAACCCUCUGUCAUACAAUCACCACAGAUACAGACUGUACAGGUAGCUACUAUAGCAGAAACGGACGAGUCUGGCGAUUCCGCUGAGGUUGUGACUGACUCUCAAAAACGGAGAGAAAUUCUGUCUAGACGACCUUCCUACAGAAAAAUCCUAAAUGAAUUAUCUUCUGAUGCACCUGGCGUUCCAAAGAUUGAUGAAGAAAAAUCCGAGGAAGAGGGAGCAACAGCUGCUAUUACUACAAUGGCAGUACCAACAUCUAUCUACCAGACGAGUACUGGCCAAUACAUUGCCAUUGCUCAAGGUGGAACUAUCCAGAUUGCAAAUCCGGGAGCUGACGGUGUACAGGGACUACAGACACUUACAAUGACAAAUGCUGGAACACCUCAGCCUGGGGCAACCAUUGUGCAAUAUGCUACACAGUCAAGCGAUGGGACACAACAAUUCUUUGUUCCAGGCAGCCAAGUUGUUGUUCAAGCUGCCACAGGAGAUAUGCCAACUUACCAGAUCCGAACCCCAACUACUACCUUACCUCAGGGAGUAGUGAUGGCAACCUCGCCAGGGACAUUGCACAGUCCACAACAGCUAGCAGAAGAGGCUACACGUAAACGGGAGCUCAGGCUAAUGAAAAACAGGGAGGCUGCCAAAGAAUGUCGACGUCGAAAAAAGGAAUAUGUAAAGUGUCUGGAGAGUCGUGUUGCAGUGCUGGAAACCCAAAACAAGCAGCUAAUCGAGGAACUCAAAACUUUGAAAGAACUUUAUUGUGAUAAAUCAGAGUAGUAUUUGUAAUCUGAGUUCUGACCAGUUUGAUGUCUACAGCAUCUUUCUUUGAAGAUGAAGCCUCUGCAGCUUCAGACUGCUUUUUAUUUUUUGCUUUGCAAAACUAAGUAGACAACAUCAGAACCUUUAACCUGUAACAUUUCUCAGAAGUUAUUCACAGUAAUAUAUUUUGUUAAGUGUUGUUGUAUAACUAAAAUUGUGAAAAAAUGAACAAAAAAACUUUUGUAAAAACAAUUAGUUAAAUGUGUAUAUACAUAUAAUGUACCCUGUUACAAUGUAAUGCAGUACUUGCUGAAGUUGUUCUAUUUGUUAAGCAUUUGCAUUUAAGAUUUUUAUGUGUUGCGCAUUAUAUGCUGUCCUGAAGAAUACAAUGUAAUAUUAUUUUUAUAGGUGUUUAUUGUUCUUUUAGUGCCCUAUUAUAUAUAAAUAGAAAAUAUGUAAGGUAAUUGAAUAAAAUAAUUCAGAAAAAAAUGUCCCUAUAUAAAAAGCAACUACCUUUAAAAGGGGGGAUUUAGAAAAGAAAAAUGUAUGUUAUUGGCUAAUUCUAUGUAAAGAGAGUGUUAUAUUCAGUAGCUUGCAAAACAAUUGGAAUUUAUAGUUAAUUUCUGACUUUCAUUUAUACAUGUUAUUUUGUGAAAUAUAGCUCUGUACUGCUCUCAGUCUAUGCUUAUGUAGUUCAAGGAUCGCAAAUAGGUUUUAAUAGAACCACAUUGGUUACAAAACACCUCUGGUUUGUUGCUUGAGUUUAAAGAACACACACAUUAUGUGCAAAUUUGGUUGCCUUGAUUAGUCAAUUAUUACCUUCUGAAGCAACUGUGAUGGUUAUAACGAUAACUUGCCAAGAAUGAAAAAUAAUGUUUGCACUUUUCUUUUA